AUGGCAAUAGGAGGUUUCGAGAUGGAGCUUUUAAUGACAAAGCUCGAUUACUUGCAAGACAAACUGCAAGAGGUGGAGCAAACUAUGAAAAGUUCGCUGAAGGUGAAUAACCAGCACAAGUUAAGUGAAAACACGAUGAUAAUGGAGAAAAAUGUCGACUCUUUGUAUGAAACGGAGCAUCUACAGGAGAAGCUAACAAAGCACGAAAAUAAUAUUAACGAAAAGAUCGAGACAAUCGAGGCCAAAAUGCAUGCAAUGGAAGACUCUUUGAAAAAGAGUCUGGAGGCAUCCGAAGAGAAUACACGGACCAAAUUGGAGGAAUUGAAGAAUCAUAUGAUACCCAAGAUGGACCUCAUUCAGGAAACAUUGCAAACUGAGCUCAAGAAACUAGAAGAAAAUAAGGAAAUUCUUGAUAUGCUCACGAAUUCGAUAUAUAAUUUAACUACCAAUGCAGAAACACGCAGUAAGACAUUGGAAGACCACUUAAUAGCUCCUAUCCGUUCAUGUCGACAGGCUGCCAACGAAUCUGGCACGUAUCUGUUAAGUUUGUCAAAAAAAUCUAAACCAUUCGAGGUCUUUUGUGAGCAAAAUAAAUUCGAGGGCAACUGGACGGUAAUCCAGCAUAGGUUCGACGGUUCAGUUGACUUUUAUAGGAACUGGACGGAGUACCGCAACGGAUUCGGGAAUGUUGAUGGCGAAUUCUGGCUCGGGCUAGAAUACGUGCAUCAAAUUACCAAAAACCGACCCCAUGAACUGCUGGUGGAGGUAAAAGAUUUCCAUGGAAACUACGGGUACGCUAAGUAUGGAGAGUUUGAGAUAGGGGACGAAUCGGAGAAGUAUGUGUUGAAGAAGUUAGGGACAUACUCAGGGACAGCAGGAGAUUCGAUGCAGACCCACAAGAAUAAAAAGUUUAGUACAUUCGGUCGCGACAAUGACAAUUUUAUUGGAAGUUGUGCUACGAAAUAUCACGGAGCCUGGUGGUACAACGACUGCCUCAGUUCCAAUUUGAACGGGCGUUACCAGAACACAACAGGUGAUGCGAGUGCGAUGUCGUGGUUCCAUUUCAAAAACGACAGGCGUGGUUUGUCGUACUCACGAAUGAUGAUUCGCGAUAUCAUUAAUUAA